UGCUGGGUGUUUGUUGAUGCCUUGGUUUUAGUUGAGUGAUGUUGUUUUAUUAAUUUGUGUUGUGAAUUGUGUGGGUGCCACACUUUAAGCAGCUCAAGUCUGUUUCCUGGUUUGACGUGUUGGUUUUAAUUGUGCUGCAGCAGUUUUAAAGCUCCCAGGUAAACGCUGUUUGGUUCUGUUUCAGUUCUGUCCUGAAGGUGCCAUGUCUGCAGGUCUACAGAUGCUUGGUGCUGCACUAGGAAUGCUGGGCUGGUUGGGAGUCAUCGUGGCCUGUGCCCUUCCGCUAUGGCGAGUGACCGCCUUCAUUGGCAACAACAUUGUGACGUCGCAGGUCAUGUGGGAGGGCUUGUGGAUGAACUGCGUGGUGCAGAGUACCGGUCAAAUGCAGUGCAAAGUCUUCGACUCCAUGCUGGCUCUGCCUCAGGACCUUCAGGCCUCCAGGGCUAUCCUAGUCAUCGCUAUCGUAAUCGCGGUUGUAGCGAUCUUAGCUAGCUUGGCGGGGGCCGAAUGCACAAACUGCCUGGAUGGUGGCUCCACCUCCAAAGCUAAAGUAGCUGUAGGAGCUGGGAUCUUCUUUCUAGUUGCUGGCCUCCUGAGUCUUGUGCCACCCAGUUGGACGGCCAAUGUGGUCAUCACGGACUUCUACAACCCGCUGGUUUCCCAAGCGCAGAAGAGGGAGCUUGGUGCGGCGAUUUUCAUCUGCUGGGGUGCAGGUGUGCUCCAGGUGAUCGGGGGAGGCCUCCUGUGCACCUCCUGGCCUCGAGGUGGAGGAAUGAGAGGAGGCCUCUAUAAACCAGCGUCUCAGGCCAGAGAACACACGGCUUAUGUGUAAAUGUUGUUGAGCUGUUUAGUGUUGAGUUUUGUUUUUAAGUGUUCCUUUUAUUUCUGUAAAUAAAAGUAAUUUUUAAGUA